GAAAAGGGAGUAAAAAAUGAUAGAGAAAUACGAAAAGUGUGUAAAAAAUGACAAUUGUAAAUGAAAUUUGUGGGGGGACAGACAAAAACCCUUUUUCCCUUGUACUCCGUAUGUAUCUGCUUCCAAACUAAAGAAGCUGAAGAAACACACACUUAUAAUUGGCGUUGAGAGCUUUCUUCCAUCACUGUUGUUUCUCUAAUGGCUAGUAAACAUACAAUUAUUCUCAUGCAAACAUCUCCGAAUAGAGCAACUCGCACUUUUAUGGAUUAUGAUUCUAUUAACCAAGCAAUGGAUGGAAUUUGUGCACUAUAUGAAAGAAAGCUCAAGGAGUUGAACCCAACCAUAAGAAACAUCUCUUAUGAUAUCUCUGAUCUAUACAAUUUUGUGGAUGGACUUGCAGACAUGAGUGCACUAGUCUUUGAACACUCAAUUCAGGCUUACUUGCCUUAUGACCGGCAGUGGAUAAAGAGGAAGACAUUAGACCAUUUGAAGAGAUUGGCAUCAUCAAAUUGAUAUGGUACAUGAAAUUGCUGAAAUGAAAGCUGUUAUGAGUUGUGCAGAUCCUUAAUCAAAAUACUCUUUUGUGUGUCACUCUAUCUUACUAUUUGUCUAGUAUUUGCAGCAUCAUAUUGAAGAAGUUGAUUCUUAUUUUGCCAAUUUUAGUUUGUUUCCGUUCUGAUUGGCUCUCCCCAGACUGCCCCUUAUUGCUGUGUAAAAAAAGCCUAUGCUUCAGUUUAUUAGUAUAGCUAUUAAUGUAAUGACUUUUUGCUACUUUUUUUUUGCAUGAAUUUAUGAGGAUGUAAAAGCUUUGUUCAUGAUGAUUUGUCCACUAUUGAGUAUUAUCACGAACGUCCAUGGACAUGCAUAGAAUCCCCAUCCCUUUUUUAUAAAAGGGUAACUGUUUU